AUGCGAUCCAACGGUUUUCAUGGUCCCUUGAACGUUUCAGAACAUGUUAAACCAUCUUUUGAAUCAUUGAAGAUUGUUGAUCUAUCUAGCAAUGAUUUAACGGGUCCGUUGCCUUCGAUUUUCUUCCAAAAUCUGGAUGCUCUCAAGCAUGCAACAAACAAGGAGGUGUAUUUUUCACGCAUGGAAGAUGGUGUGGCUUCUGUGAAUCUAACGUCAAAAAAAUUAGAGAUGGAGCUACAGUUAGUAAGAGCUCUGGAGUUUUACACUGCCAUUGAUUUUUCAAACAAUCGAUUCGUUGGAGAAAUCCCCAACUCAAUUGGAGAGCUUUGUGAAACUCAAGUGCUCAACCUGUCUCACAAUGGAUUCAUCGGUCAUAUCCCACCGUCGUUGGGGAAAUUAGUAGCACUUCAAUCGUUGGAUCUUUCAUCAAACAAGCUCAGCGGUGAGAUUCCAUCCCAGUUGACAGACCUGACGUUUCUUGAAGUGUUAAACUUGUCGCACAACAAUCUCGUGGGACACAUCCCCAAUGGAAAACAAUUCAACACCUUUGAGAAUGAUUCCUACACCGGAAACUUGGGAUUGUGUGGCUUCCCCGUGACAAAGCAAUGCGGCAAUGUCCCGGGACCGAAGCCGCCUGCACCGAAGUCGAAGGAAGAUGGUGGUUCAGCAGUGAGUUUGUUUUGGAAACUUGUAAUGAUGGGAUACGGAAGUGGAGUAGUGGUAGGAAUAAGCACAGCCUACAUUGUGUUCACCACCGGAAGGCCAUGGUGGUUGGUGAGAAUCGUGGACAGAGAUCUGCAAAGGAUUGUUACAAGUCUAGAAAUUAUGCUUAUUCUUUUCACUGCCAAUUGUUCAUAUAUAGCGGUUGGAACUGAAGAUGGGGGGAAGAUGCACCGUUGCUUGCUGCUGGAAAGAUUUGGCCAGAAAGAGCUUGUUUUCUGGGGAUACAGGGUACGUCGUUUCGGGUGCGCCAUGGCAAGUAACGUGGUUUUGUUUUUCGAAACCGAAGAUGGGUCAUGGAGCCAUGUCUUUACAGGGAAUCGUCUUAGAGGGGGGCCACAGAUGACCCAGUUGAGCUUAGAUGGGAAGAGACUAUACGCGACGAACUCGCUAUUCAGCACGUCGGAUGGACAAUUCUAUCCGGAACUUGUGGAGAAAUGUUCCCACAUGUCGUGA